UUAGCUGUCGCCCGGGGAGCGUCGCGGUGUUUUCCCCGAGCUAUCUGGGGCGGAGAAAAUGUGCUGUCGUCUCCCGUGCACCUGCCACACAAGCACACAAGUCACGUCAUGCGUUUCGCCGUGCUCCAGAAGCACUGGUGCACGCACUGAGAAUGAGGGAUGAUUUAAACCGCGAGCCUGCCGCCCUCCCGUGCAUGCCGAACAGCGCAGCUUUCUGCCUCUGCAUCGCGUGCAGCCGCGUUUCGGCAGAUCGCGGCGUGAUGAGGUAAAAGGCAACGGAAGGAGGGGAAUAGCGAGGGAUCCGCGAGCUUUUCUUCGCCUUCCUCACACGCGCACGCAUAAACCUCACGCGUAAACCACUCCUCUUCUGGCGUUCCAUCAUCUGUCUCCAUCCCUCCGUCUCUCCCAUCUUCUGAACCGUACCGAAGGCAGGGGGAGAGAGGCGGUCAUCGUAUCCGUGGGUAGGGAAGCCAAUGGUUAACGUCCUUGGUACCUCUCUCUGCCACGGACCACCGAGGGGAAAGGUAUAUCUGCGAUGCUCGGCAAAGGCACGCUCCAUCCCCUCUCGCUCUCCUACUACGGAAUACAAGAUAAAGCGUUCGAGACGUGCACCCUCCCCGCGGGGUUUGGAGUGAUAUUUGAUUGAAUCAUAUGCUUGUCGUGAUCAUUGGCGACUGACGGGAAGCGCUUCUGUCACUGCGACUCUAUGGGGAUCGCUCCGUUUUCGGACAGCGGGAGAGCAUUGCUCUUGAAAGAGACUCCUAUUAUGCGCAGGCAACUGCACGAUGGUCCUUGAAUUUGUCUCAAGACUAACGGCUCGGUUUGGGAUUACAGUUGGAUUCUGAUUGAUUGGCGCUCGCGAACCAUCGAUGGAUAAUCAUUCAACAAUACAACUGCAGUGCCUGGAGAUGACGACCAAGAGGAAGAUCAUGGGUCGGCUGGUGCCCUGCCGCUGUUUCCGUGGUGAGGAGGAGGUCAUCUCGGUGCUGGACUACUCCCACUGCAGCCUGCAGCAGGUGCCCAAGGAGAUCUUCAGCUUCGAGCGCACCCUGGAGGAGCUCUACCUGGACGCCAACCAGAUCGAGGAGCUGCCCAAGCAACUCUUCAGCUGCCAAGCACUCCGGAAGCUGAGCAUGGCGGACAACGACCUGUCCAACCUGCCCACCACCAUCUCCAGCCUCGUCAACCUCAAGGAGCUGGACAUCAGCAAAAACGGCAUUCAGGAGUUCCCAGACAACAUAAAGGGCUGCAAAUGUCUCUCUGUGGUGGAAGCGAGUGUCAACCCGAUAACAAAACUCCCAGACGGAUUCACGCAGCUCAUCAACCUGACACAGCUCUUCCUCAAUGAUGCCUUCCUCGAAUCCCUGCCCCCAAACUUUGGGAAACUCUCCAAACUGCGCAUUCUGGAGCUCAGAGAGAAUCACCUGAAAACGUUGCCAAAGUCCUUACACAAGCUGACACAGCUGGAGCGGCUGGACCUGGGCAGUAACGAGUUCUCGGAGCUGCCCGAUGUCCUGGAGCAGGUCCAACACCUAAAGGAGAUAUGGAUGGACAACAACUCCCUGCAGAGACUACCUGGGUUCAUCGGCCGGCUGAAACACCUCACCUACCUGGACCUGUCGAAGAACCGGAUAGAGUCCGUCGACUCAGACAUAUCCGGGUGCGAGGCUCUGGAGGAUCUGCUCCUCUCCUUCAACAGCCUGCAACAACUGCCCGACUCCAUAGGGAUGCUGAAAAAGCUCACCACUCUGAAAGUGGAUGAGAACCAGCUGUCCUCACUGCCCAACACCAUCGGGAGUUUAUCACAUUUAGACGAGUUUGACUGCAGCGGCAAUGAGCUUCAGUCCCUGCCUCCGACCAUUGGCUACCUGCACAACCUGCGCACCUUUGCUGCCGAUGAGAACUUCCUGUCUGAGCUGCCCAGAGAGAUCGGAAGCUGUAAGAACGUGACGGUCAUGUCUCUGCGCUCCAACAAGCUGCAGAGUCUGCCCGAGGAGAUCGGGCAGAUGACCAAACUGCGCGUCCUCAACCUGAGCGACAACAGGUUAAAGAAUCUGCCCUUUUCCUUCACCAAGCUGAAGGAUCUUUCUGCUCUGUGGCUGUCAGACAAUCAGUCCAAGGCGCUGAUCCCCCUGCAAUCGGAGGCCAAUCCGGAGACCAAGCAGAGGGUGCUCACCAACUACAUGUUCCCGCAGCAGCCCCGUCGGGACGAGGAUUACCAGUCAGACAGUGACAGCUUUAACCCUGCCCUGUGGGAGGAGCAACGGCAGCAGCGAAUGACAGUGGCUUUUGACUUUGAGGAGAAGGAUGAGGAGGAGAAUGCUGGGAAAGUUAAGGUGGAGAUAAACCUGAAGCGAUACCCUACGCCGUACCCGGAGGACCUGAAGAACAUGGUGAAGUCCAUACAGAACACGGUGGGCAAAGACGGCAGCCACGCCCUCAGCCCUGAUAAAGACGCCGCCCAAACAGGCAUGGAGCUUCACGGCAUGGACCAGUACGAGCACAAGUGGCCGACCGCAACCGUGACCGCGGCUGCAACCGGGCCCAAGGAGGCAAACGCAAAGGCAACUGAUAGAGAGGCUAAAGAAUUCCAGAAGACCAUGAGGUUGGAGCCAGGCCAGCGGCAUUCUGUGGAGAAGGAGGGAGGAGCAGAGGGCUCAGAGGACUCCCGAUGUGGUUCCCCGAAUGACAUCCGCAUUUCUGACAUGAGACCUACUCUGGUGGAGCCCCCCAUCUACAAGCCAAAGGCCAUCGUCCUGGGAAAAAACAAAAAAGAGUCAGCAGAGGAGUCAGACGCUGAUAAAGCGCAGUGCCUGAACACCAGUGGCUCCUCGGCUCCGUCCUCAGAGUACUCCCCCUCUCAGGCCUCCACCAUCUCCUCCAACCCCCCAGGGUCCCGCCCUGCCCCGCCCACCACCACUCAAGAGGCCACACCCACAACGCACUGGGCCAGCAGGUUUGGUCCAGCCCUGCCCCUGCUCUGCCAGAGGGAGACCCCACCCCCUGGCUCCCUACAGCCCCGCCCCCUCAGUGACACAUUCGACCGCUGGAACGUCCCACCACACUAUGACAACACGGCCUUCGUGAGCGAGGACUCUCCUUCGGCCCUGCCCCCUGCCAGCAGCUCCCGGCCCCCCAGCGCCUCCGGCCCCCACCGCAGGCCUCUCCUCCGGCAGGAGCGCAUCAUGGGGCUUCCCCUGGAUCUGGAGGGGUCACCCCACUUGCCCCGCGCCCGCCCCACAUCCCAAGUGCCUCCCCCACCCCCCUCCCGCUGGCACAAUUGGACCAGGACCCCCAGUCCUCUGGAGGAUCGCACGGCAUUCCCCUCCAAACCGGACUCCGCCCUUACUCCCAGCUCCGCCCCACAACCUGAGCGUGACUCCACCCAGCUGCCGGGCUCUUCUCCCUCUGCAGCAGACCCCUGGGGACCCCAGGAUCUGCAAAAUGCAGAAAGGGCACAGGGCCCCUCCUAUCCCCCGGAGGGCGCUCUUGUCCUCAGCAAGAGCACAGAGAGGCUCCAGGAAGGCCGAGGAGACCCCAAGACCAAGUUCAAAAAGUCCCAGAGCAUUGAUGAGAUAGACGCCGCUCCCACCGUGUACAGCAUUCCCCUCGCCGAUGCCCAGGAUGGCAACCUCCCCCAGCCCCAGCCAAUCCCCCGUAGCCAGUCCGCCCCUAUGCUAGACGACGACACUUUGGGGGAGGCCCAGCCACAGGGUGGGGCACUUCCGCAGGGGGGCUACCAAACUGCGGCCGCUCCGCCCUUCCUGUGUUCACCAGAGGGUGUGGCCCAGGUGGGCAGAACCCCACCCAGAGGAGGGCAGAGAGGGUACCUACCUGGCGAGCCACUGCUCUCCCCAGUAGGCCUGGGAAUGGGUGUGGCCCACCAGGGCCCCACCCCCAGGUCAAGGCCGGGCCUCCUGCGCCGGGCGGACUCGCUGGUAAGCUCGGCUGAGUUGGCUGUGUUCCGGCGGGCGAUGGAGGCCCAGCAGCCGCAGCUAGCCGAUCGCAGCAGUCGGCUGCUCUACCGGAACCUUCCGGAACAACAACAGCAGCAGCAGGGCGCACCCGCUCCAGCGCCUGAUUCCCACUACCCCCGCCGGGAUACCCGCUAUGUUGGGCAAGAGCCCAAAAAAGCACCCCCCGCUGCUCCCCCGGGUUACCCCACCAAGAGCCUGCCCCAGCGCCGCCCCAUGUCGGCUCGAAGCUUCAGCACUGAGGGGUACGGGGGGUCCCAGGCGCGCCCCAUUUCGGCCCGCCCAUCUAUGGCCGCUCUGCUGGAGAAGGGUCCCGUCGACCACACCCUCAGUCCCUGCCUAGAACGUAGCGGGGAGACCGAACUGCACCUGCGCUCCGACGUGCUGUCCCCACACCUGCGCUCCGACGUGCUGUCCCCACACCUGCGCUCCGAUGUGCUGUCGUCACACCUCCGCUCUGAUGUGUUGUCGCCACACCUCCGCUCUGAUGUGCUGUCGCCACACCUACGUUCUGACCUGCUGUCGCCACACCUGCGCUCCGAUGUGCUGUCCUCACACCUGCGCUCUGAUGUGCUGUCGCCACACCUAAGGCCUGAUGCUCUCUCCUCUCACCUAAGGCCCGAUGCUCUCUCCUCUCACCUAAGGCCUGAUGUUCUUUCCGCUCAUCUAAGGCCUGAUGCUCUCUCUGCUCACCUGAGACCUGACGCUCUUUCUGCUCACCUGAGACCUGAUGCUCUCUCCUCUCGUAUGCCUACAGACUGGAGACAGCAGGUGCUAAGGCAUAUUGAAGCCAAACGUCUGGACAGGGGCUCUCUCUUAGAAAAGGAGCAGGAGGACUUGUCUCCCAUGAGCCAGUGGGGUUCGUACGCUCUUGGCAGGAGAGAUGUCCCGCCAGAAAGUCUCAUCCGAAAGACGGGUGGUCUCCCGCACACCCAAGCGAUGAUGAUGUCAUCAGGGGCGGGGCAGAGUAUGCCAUAUGAGGGUGUGGUCAGUGAGGUCCCCUUCCAGCAGUAUCAGCCCCCCAUGCCCACGGCCCCUCCCACCAGCUCCCGCCCCCAGAGCGCCCGCUGCCCCCCUCAAACCAAAGGACCCAAGAACAGGGAUGGGUACCAGGAGCAGGUGUGUGUGCGGAUAGAGAAGAGCCCAGGUCUUGGUGGUCUUGGAUUCAGUAUCUCAGGAGGAAUAACUGGACAGGGAAACCCUUUCAGACCUUCAGACAUGGGUAUCUUUGUCACUAGGUCACCCUGA